UACGCCACGACGGGCUGCGCCCUGACGCUGCACCACACGGAGAAGCCAGAGCACGAGGACAUCUGCGAGUAUCGCCCCUACUCCUGCCCGUGCCCUGGUGCCUCCUGCAAGUGGCAGGGAUCCCUGGAAGCCGUGAUGUCCCACCUCAUGCACGUCCACAAGAGCAUCACCACCCUUCAGGGAGAAGACAUCGUGUUCCUGGCCACGGACAUUAACCUUCCCGGGGCGGUGGACUGGGUGAUGAUGCAGUCGUGCUUCGGUCACCACUUCAUGCUGGUGCUGGAGAAACAGGAGAAGUACGAGGGUCACCAGCAGUUUUUCGCCAUCGUGCUGCUCAUCGGCACCCGGAAGCAAGCGGAGAACUUUGCAUACAGACUGGAGCUGAACGGCAACCGCCGCCGGCUGACGUGGGAGGCGACGCCCCGCUCCAUCCACGACGGCGUCUCGGCCGCCAUUCUCAACAGCGACUGCCUGGUCUUUGAUACGGCCGUAGCGCACCUUUUUGCCGACAACGGGAACCUCGGCAUCAACGUGACCAUUUCCACGUGUUGCCCGUGAUGUGUCU